CGGGAAAUUGUAUAGUUUCCGAUCGUUUUCUGUUGAAGAAGGUUGAAACAAUGAAGUUACUCCGAUAUGUCUCGUUGGUCUCGUUGUUGGUGGUUUUGGCAUUUGUCAAAGCAGACGAGGAAUUUUAUUCUGACAAGUACGAUUACGUAGAUCCCAAGGAAAUCGUCGAAAAUGAUCGUUUAAGGGACCAGUAUUACAAUUGUUUCAUGGACACUGGACCUUGUGUUACUCCGGACGCUGCCUUUUUCAAGACGAAUUUACCUGAGGCAGUCGUAACUAAAUGCAAGAAAUGUACGGAAAAACAAAAGGAUAACUUCGAGUUUAUAGCUGUCUGGUAUAGCGAUAAUCGUCCAGAUGAAUGGAACGCUUUGAUUAAAAAGUUCAUGGAAGAUGCAAAGAAAAUGAACUUAGGAUCUUCCAAAUAUAGUCGUGAAAUCAGCAUACACGUAUAUGCUGCAGGUAUAAAUACGGAAGACAGUACUCUUAAAGCAUUCAGAUUCAAUCCAGACAUCUCUCGUGAAUGCUGUAGCAAAAACGUUUUAAAAGAAAAAAAAUUUUCCAUUCAGUUUAAGAAUAAAAAUUUAAAAAUCAUAAUGGCGCGUUAUUUAUGGAUACUAUCAAUCGUAAUAUUAUUCGCAACGAUUUUCUCAGUGCGCGCAAAUGACGGCACAUACACAACGAAAUACGACAACAUCAACGUAGAGGAAAUAUUAAAGACAACUCGAUUGCGCAAUCAAUAUGUCGAUUGUUAUUUAGGAAAUUCACCUUGUGUGACACCAGAAGCGAAGUUCUUGAAAGAUGUGCUACCAGAAGUUUUGGUGACCAAGUGCAGUAAGUGUUCGGAUAAGCAGAAAAUCAUUUUCGACAAGGUGAUUACUUGGUUCGAGGAAAACGAUAAGGAAACUUGGAAUACCAUAUUGACAAAAUCUAUCAAUGAACAUAUAAAUGUUAGAAAUCAAAGAUCCUAGAUGAAAUUCAUUAAAGAUCUAAAAAGGGUCAAAGAAGACAUAAAGUAAUGAAUGAAAAUACAAGGAAAAGGAAAUGCACAACAUAAUAAUAAAUAUAAAAAUCCUAUUAAGAUUAUAAAUCAAGAACAUGAAAUCAAGGAUAAUUAAGUAAGAACGAAAAGAAAUGCAAGUACGUAAAUUAUUAUAUUCCUGUUCUUGACAUAAGACAUAAGAUAUAAAACCUGUUUUAAUAAAGACCAUAAAAACCAUAAAAGAAAAAUUCAAGAGUUCAUUAUUAUGAUUUUAUAUCUUUUUUAAUAAAAAAAAAAAGAAAGAAAGAAGAAUUACUUACGCUUAAGACUACGUCCAUCGGCGGUACAAGGACCAUCAUCGAGCAAACAAUUUAUAUAUUGAUUUAAAAAUCGUUCGCUAUUAAAAAUCGCAUCGACGUCCACUUGAUCGUAUAUGUUUGAAUAAGGUUCUUCUGUAUAUCCCUCGAUGAGCCAAAACAUUCCGAUUAUAAAGAAAAAGAUGUAAGUAAAUUUCAUACUUUUCUAAUUACGAGCCAAUUAUUCGAAUUGCACUGGAAAAUUUUAAUGUAUAGUUAAAUCAAAAUUUCGACUCCGUAUAUCCUAAUUAAUUACACUGAGAUAGAUGGAGAAGAUUUGUGUCAAAAACGAAGUGAAUUGAAUUUAAAAUCAAUUCGAUUCAAUUUAAUUCAAUCGAUGGAAAAUAAAAAGGUAUAAAGAUUUGCGAUGAAUAUUUAAUAUAUAAAAUUGUAAAAGUUACGAUAAUAUUCAGCGUCGCAAUUAUUCAGCCGUGAAUUAAUGGAAGGAGUAUUAAAACAGAAUUUUUUGUUAAGAUGACGAAAAAACACUCAACGAAUGCUCGAACGAAAAAAUUAAAUUGCCGAUGAGUUGUUUGCUUCUCGAAAUUUUUAAUGAAAGACUUUUUACCAUUUUCGCGUUAUAAUAUAACUGAGAGAUUAAUGCUUGUAAACUGAGAAAUGCCGAUCUUGCAAACAUGGCGACACUAUCGACAUAGGAAGUUCACGAAUCUGUAAACAACGUUUCGCGGGAGCAUUAUACAUUAAGGCUUUAUUUAACAAAAUAUUAAUAAUACGUGAUAGAUUUUAAAGUCAAGAAUAUUCUUCUGACAUCAUAUAGCAUCAGAUUUCGUGUGUCAAUUGAUAAACACGAGCGCUCAUAUUUAACGCGUUCAAGUAGAUUAUUCGCUAAUAAUAUAAAAAAUAUUUAUAAUAUAAAUGAUUCUGAUAAUAUACGUCAUAUGAAAAAGGUAAAGUGUCAUAAAACAUACGAUUGUAGAAAACGUAUCAUGUUAUCGUAUUACAAAAGAAUUCCUAUACAAAAGUGUUACAAAUAAAAAUAUAAUGUUGUCUACAUAUAUAUAUAGACACAUAUAUAAUUUGAAUAAUCGAUAAUUGGAGAUCUAUGAAAUACAAGUUUGACCAAGACCUUUUAACAUAUAAUAUCACUUAUUUCCAUCUACACCAACAAUAUAAAAUAUUAACAUUUUUUGUUUAAACAAAUACUUUGUGUUAAUUAUGAUUGAACGCGAUACUAUAUAUAUAUAUUAUAUUUACUUGUGGCCCAUAUCAACAAUUCCAUUAUUUAAUAUCCCUACGGUUUUCUUAAUAAACUUCAAUAUACUAAUCUUCUAUAAUUUUUAACAAGGCACAUUACGUUCAAACAGAACAUACAAAAAGAAAAAUAUAUCUGCACAGCCUGAUAAUAAAUGUGUACAAAUACAAAACUGCUUACUUCAUGUAAAUAUUUGCAGUGUGUACUUAAUAUUUUACUUAGAUAUAUAUAUACAUAUAUAUAUAUAUAUAUAUAUAUAUAUAUAUAUAUAUAUAUA